CCGAGGAUCUCAUUUAUGACAUUUCCUAUACGAGUGGACCUCCACUUAACAUUAUGGUCAUAUCCGAUGCCAAAAUCUUCGCUUGUCUGCCUCGCUCUCUAAAAUUGAGAUUCAACCUACUGAGGCCAUUUCCAAUUAAAUCUCUUGAGUUAUUUUCUUGGUCAGACUCGGUGGAACUUGAGGAUUUUAAGUGCAGUGAUUCUCCCCGUUCGUUUUGCUCAGUAUGCGACAGGGAAUUUCGUCGCCAGAAUAUUUUCAUCAAGCAUUUGUCUAAACCAUUCCAUCAACAGAAGUUGUCGAAGCUGUUGCCUUUAAGUCAUGAACUUCAAAGCUUGAGUGCACCACUAGGUGAUCCUGUUAAGCAAAACCCGGAGGCUGUAACAUCGGUCUUUUGGGACAUAAAGACGUAUCCGGUUCCACGUGACUGUGAUCCUCGUCGGGUCGGUCCAUGUAUUAAACAGUUCUUGAAGAAAAAAGGCUACUCUGGUCCUCUCACCAUCACUGCCAUUGGCGUACUAACAGACGUCCCUAAUGACAUUCUGGAAGGAGUCUAUUCCAGUGGAGUCUCUCUUAAUAACAUUUGCAGCGGUUAGGAUCUUCUCAUCUUUGCGCCUUUCUCAUGAAUGGAUGUUUUAAUAACUUUAGUUUCUGAAAC